AUGUUGUGGACCGUGAUUUUCGCUGCUGCAAGUAUCUACUUAGUCGUUUCCUGGCUGAUAUGGCCCGUUCUACGAUACUUUCGUGACCCAAAGGGUUUCCGAAAGUACCCCAAUUAUUCUUUUCUCUCCGGCAUCACGGACAUCCCGUACUGUCUUCUCAGUUCUUGUGGCUUUCGGUCGCGAGACCUCACCAAGCUCCAUAAAAAAUCACCCAUUUUGCGGAUCGGCCCCAACAACCUCUCCUUCGGGGGUAUCGAGGCCAUUCGGGACAUCUACGGCCAUUCGACACCUUGUGUGAAAGAUUUGAAAUAUAUCAUCACAUCAGACGCCCACCCGCACCUGUUCGAUGUUGUCAAUAAGCCUAGUCAUGCUGCAAAGCGGAAGAGACUCUCGGCUGCGUUUGCGAUCAAAAACCUCGAGCGAUGGGACUUUAAAGUCGCUCGCACCACGGAGCGCCUUAUCGCUGCUUUCGACAAUCUGUGCACCCAGCCGUUACCUCCCAGCGGCAUUCCCGACGCAUCUGACCUGACGGUUGACUUUAAUAAGUGGGCCAACCUAUUCACGAUUGAGGCCAUCAACAACAUCGCUCUAUCAUCGACCCUGGGUCUUCUUGAGCAAGGUGGUGAUCUGGUGACAGCUCAGAGGCGAGACGGCGCCACGUACCAGGCACACUAUCGCAAGUCUCAAAACACUUCCGCUUACGCCACUUCGCACUUUGUCUGGGACUACAACAAUUUCAAGUUCUUCGUCGCACUGUCGAAGUUGUUUCCGAAAUGGAGAAAAGCUUGGACACAAGCGGCGCCGUUCAAAGAUGUUAUCUACCACCAGGCUGUGACGCGACUCGAUCGAUACAACAAGGGAGAGAAACUCGACGAUUUCUUUACAGCUCUCAUGGACAACAAGAAUGGGAGUCCGCACAAUUUGGAGUGGGGCGAAAUUGUCGGCGAAAUUGCUGCCAUCCUCGACGCGGGCGCAGAUACAACAGCGAUCGCUCUGACUCAGAUCCUCGAACUGCUCAUCCGUCAUCCUGAGCACUUGGCUACUCUCCGCGAAGAGGUCGACAAUGUCCUCUCGCCGGAAGAUGUCGUGGCUCCGUAUGAUACAGUGAAGAAUCUCCCUUUCCUACGCGCAUGUCUUGAUGAAGCACUUCGCAUCAUCCCACCCACAUCUGCGGGACUCCCGCGCCGGACUCCGCCUGAGGGCGCGAGAAUUCUCGGCGAGUGGAUCCCAGGUAAUACAAGCGUGUCGAUGACCAUCUACACAGCACACCAUGAUCCGAGUGUGUUUCCGAGCCCGGACGAGUUCAAUCCUAACCGGUGGAUGGAUAUCGAAGAGCGGAAGAGGAUGGAGCCAUAUUUUAUCCCGUUCUCGACAGGCGCGAGGGGCUGCAUUGGCCGUAAUAUUUCGUAUUUGGAGCAAACGGUGGUGCUGGCUUCGUUGGUUCAUCGUUAUGAGUUUGCUUUGCCAAGUCCAGAAUGGAAGCUCGAGCGAUUCGAGGCUUUCAAUCUGCUGAUGGGGGAAAUGCCUAUCAAAUUGUGGAGAAGGGAGACUCCAGUUUGA